GCAAUCAACUGCCCUCCCCUUUGGCUUUCCAACUGACAAUCGACUCAGCCUUAGUGAAGUUACACCUCCUCGUCCUUCUCUCCAGUGUUGCACUUUACCCAUGUGUAUCGGUCGGGGCGCCCCUCGGCGAAAGGGCUGAUUGCCGCACCAAGCUAAGCUGCACCUUCACCGAACUCGAGAGCAUGACCAUGCCCACGCGCCUCGACUACGUCAAUUCCAUGCAAUCCUCCUUCUUCGCCCCGCUGAACGCAGGCAACCAGUUCGCCGCCAACGAAGGUGUCAUCCAGUUCUUUAUCUCCAACAACCUCGAAAACCCGCAUAGCUGGGUCUCCGCCGUCGACGCGGGUAUCGUCGAAGGCAUCCAGAACGGCGGCGCCAUCGCCCUCGGCCUCCACUCCAACACCGGCAGCAACCCUGGCACCGCGUCAUGGACAGCGUUCUUUCAAACAAUGAAGGCCGGCGGCUAUCCUGAUCGCGAUGCGCACGAAGAGGGCUCGUCUGUCACCGAACAGAUGACGACCAACUACGGGAAGACGAUCGCCGACGCGUCGUUCGCCGCGUCCGAGCAGGAGAAGCGGUGGUAUCUCUUCUCCCACCUCUUCCGACUCAUCAUGCGCAAACACAACGAGACCGUGGGCAUGUGCAGAGCUGCCGCGCUUACGAACCUAUUGACGUGGGCGUUUGCACCCCGGUGUGGCGAUUUGGUGGAUUGGUUGACGUAUAUUACGGAUACCAAGCCGACCCUCCGCCUCUCUUAGACGGUAUGGGAGAUUUUUAGCCCGGGAACGAAGGUAUCUUAGUUGCCGUGGGCAUUUGGGAGGAUAUCGGGAGAGUUGAUUACGUGCUUUGAGGAAAAGUAGGGCGUGCGGGAGAAGCAUGUGUACUGGUAAAGACUAAUUAGGGUAGUUGCUGUGUAAAUCAAAUGCG